AUGGCUCAACCAAUCCUAUCAAUCAAAGAGGCCGAUGCUCAUCCUCCAAAAUCAGUGGCCAACCUUCUCCCAUGUCACGUCCACCACGACGGGCCUCUCGGCUCCAUUGACAGCUACUGGAAUCCCACAACGACCGAAGACGGCACCAACAUUGCCUACUUCCGCGGUCGGCGACUCAAGGGUAAGACGACAGUCCUCCCCGAACAGUACCGAGGCGUCGUAGCCGAGCGCGAGACAAAGGAGAAGCAGCAGACCAACGGUGCAGGUCAACCCUUGUCAGAAGAGGCGUCGAGGGAAGAUGGAGAUGCGGAUGCAGAGAAGCCGGCGGAGACGGGGUCAUUGCGGGUCACGGCCGAGUUUGACAGCAUCGUUGUCUGGGGGCACGAGAGUGUCGCUUUGUCAGAGGAAGAUCCGUACAUCAGAAGUAUAGAAGAGUGGCUGCAGGUUUCGGAAAAGGUAGGUUGGUGA